UGCCGUGCACCUGGGAGACAGACGGUGCCUCCUUCUCGCUCCCAUCAGAUACCGCCAGGUCCACCUGAGUCCACCGGCCGGACUCCACCAUGGUCAUGUACAACGUCCGAGUGAUGACUGGAAACUUCCUCUUUUCGGGGACCCUGGACUCCAUUUCCAUCAGCUUGGUGGGCACCGAAGGCGAGAGCCCCAAAACCGCCCUAGACAACUGGGGUCUGGAUUUCUACCGAGGAGCGGUGAGUGAUUAUGCGGUCUCUUCUGACCAUGACCUGGGAGACAUUGUGCUCAUCCGUCUCCACAAAGAGUGCAAGCCGCUCGUGGUCACCACCAGAUGGUACUGCAAUAAAGUGACCGUGACGUCCCCGGAUAAGAAGACUUUCCACUUUCCCUGCUACCAGUGGAUAGAGGGGCGCCAGAUUUUGGAGCUCCGGGAAGGGACUGCCAAAACUCCUGCCAUGGAUACUCUGCCCAUACUCCUGAAGGUCCGGAAGGAGGAGAUUCAGAGACGGCAAGCUUCUUAUGACUGGAAGGUGUUCGCUGAAGGUGUCCCUUACUGUCUGGACGUUGACUCCGUCGAAAACUUGGAGAACAACGACAAGUUCUCCUUCACCAAAGCAGCCCUCUUUCUUGAACGCUCUAAAACCAAGAACAUAGAACACAAGCUGAGAGGCUAUUCCGACAGCCAAGAAUCCUGGAAAGAUCUGGAUGACAUCAAGAAGGUUUUCUGGUUCAGCAAGACCGAUGUGUCAGAAUACAUCACCAACAACUGGAAGCAAGACGUCUUCUUCGGAUACCAAUUCCUGAACGGACUGAACCCCAGGGUGCUGGAGAGGUGUAUGAAGAUCCCCUCCAUUUUCCCCGUUACUCAGGAGAUGGUCGCGCCCUUCCUUGGAGGCUCCACCACGCUGCAGAAAGAGCUGGAGGAGGGCAAGAUUUUCAUUGCCGAUUAUCGCAUCCUGGAGGAUGUCCCGGCAGGGCUGAAUAACGGACGCCGGCAGCACGUGGCCGCCCCGCUGUGCCUGCUCCACCUCUCGGCCCAAGACCAGCUCCUGCCUCUGGCCAUCCAGCUGACCCAGAGCCCCGGUCCUGAGUCUCCCAUCUUCCUGCCCAGCGACUCUGAAUGGGACUGGAUCUUGGCCAAGACAUGGGUCCGUAACGCCGACUUCCACGUCCACCAGGCUCUCACCCACCUGCUCCGGACGCACCUGCUGGGAGAGGUGUUCACCAUGGCCACGAUCCGCCAGCUCCCCCUUUGCCACCCAAUCUAUAAGCUCCUGGUUCCCCACACGCGCUACACUCUUCACAUCAACACGUUGGCUCGUGAGCGUCUUGUUUCGAAAGGUGGGGUCUUUGAUAAGGCCACUGGUAUCGCCUAUGAGGGCUUAGUCAAGCUGUUGCAGAAGGGCACAAAAGCCCUGACGUAUUCCUCCCUCUGCCUGCCGGAAGACCUCGAGGCCCGGGGGGUGUCCUCGUUGCCCAAUUUUCACUACAAGGAUGAUGGUCUGAAGAUCUGGGCAGCCACAGAAAGUUUUGUCUCUGGCAUCAUUGACUUGUAUUAUCGAGACGAUCACUCUGUAAGUGAAGAUCCGGAACUCCAGGCCUGGAUCGAGGAGAUCUUCAACAGAGCCUUCCUGGGAGAGAAAUCUUCAGGCAUCCCUUCCUCGUUCAGCACCGUGAAAGAGCUGAAGAAGUUCUUGACUAUGGUGAUUUUUACUUGUUCCGCCCAGCACGCUGCUGUCAACAGCGGACAGUUUGAUAUUGGCGCCUGGAUGCCCAACUUUCCGUCUUCCAUGAGAAAACCCCCUCCUACCACCAAGGGCCAGGCGAACGAAGACAACUACAGGGAGACGAUCCCAGAAAUCAACACCACAUGCAUCAUCUUGAGCACCCUCUGGCUGCUCAGCGCCUUUCCGGGAGACAUGAUCCCCCUGGGGCGUUACCCUGACGAGCAUUUCACAGAGGAAGCCCCCAAGAAAUUGAUUUUGGCCUUCCAGAAACGCCUGAUGGAGAUUUCCAAAGAAAUUGGGAAGAGGAACGAAGUUCUGGUUCAGAAGGAUAACCCCGUCCCUCUCCGCUACGAAUAUCUGUACCCCCCUAUGGUGGAGAACAGUGUCUCCAUAUAGGUUGUAACAGAAAUGCAGAGUGUGGGAAUAAAGCAUUGGCCUUAAAAUAAU